AUGGUCAGCAUUAUGGAAGUUGGAUGUGCCCCCAGGUGGAAAACGUUCCUAUGGAGAGCGUUGAGUGGUGUGUUGCCAACCACAACAGCCCUUGCUAGUAGGAGAGUUGAUGUGAAUCUUGCAUGUCCCAUGUGUCUUGAUUUUAAUGAGGAUGUUAUGCACUGUUUAAUAGAAUGUCAAUAUGCUUGCCAUGUCUGGAAUGAAUCUUGCCUUAUUAUUACCUCUGUGCAUGGUGGAUCAUUUGUUGAAUGGUUUCAGAACGCAAUGACUAUGAUAACCAUGGAUGUUCUUAUUCAAGUUGUUGCAGUUCUGUAUCAGUUGUGGAAUGCACGAAACUCUGCGGUAUGGGAGGCGUAUAUGAAGACACCCAAGCACUUGUGGUUGUGUGCCAAAACAGCCCUCUCGACUUGGAGGGCGUCUCGGCCAGCAGCAGAAUUAGUUCAACAGCAGCAACAGAUUCCGGCGCCAAGUGGUCUGCAGUGCCACGUAGAUGCGGUGUGGAAUUCGUCGACAUGGGCUGCGGCCUUUGGUGUGGUUCUCUUGGACGACCAGGGAAUCUUUGUAGCAGCUAUGAAUGGUCGGUUGCCGUUAUGUGAGAAUGCUAUCAAGGCUGAAGCGCUAGCUUGUAAAGAAGCUUUAUCUUGGCUAAGGGAUCGACAGAUUACUUCGGUAACUCUAUCCACAGAUUGUUCGGUCUUGAAGUCUUAUCUUUCCAGAGUUGAUUCGCACCCUAGAUCGUAUGUUGGUAUUAUUGUUCGUGAGUGCCAAGCCAUUAUGGCUCAGUUUAUUACAUGUUAUUUAUGUUUUAUUCCUAGACGUUUAAAUAUUAUUGCUCAUACUCUAGCAUCAAAGGUCUCUGACCAGGAUAUUACCAUGUUAUGGGAUGAUGUCCCUCCUGACUUUAUUGUUACGCAUAUUCAAUAA